UCCAGCUACAGGAGAGAAGAGUGAAGCUACAACCUGCCGACGCUCCACACACUGACCCUUCACCUGGAGACUCAAUGGCUUCCAGAUUAGAAGAGGAUCUCUGCUGUUCCGUCUGCCAAGAUGUCUUCAGAGAUCCUGUUGUUCUGUCAUGUAGCCACAGCUUCUGUAAAGACUGUGUGAAGAGCUGGUGGAAAGACAAAGAAGUAAAAGAGUGUCCACUUUGUAAGAAAAUACAUUCAAUGAUUGAAGUACCUGGUAACCUGGUGUUGAAGAACCUGUGUGAGACCUUCUUACAGGAGAGAGAUCAGAGCUCUUCACAUGCUCUCUGCAGUCUGCACUCAGAGAAACUCAGACUCUUCUGUCUGGACCAUCAUCAGCCAGUGUGUCUCGUCUGCAGAGAUUCAGAAAAACACACCGGCCACAGAAUCAGACCCAUCGAUGAAGCUGCACAACAACACAAGAAGCAGCUUCAGGAAACUCUGGAGCCCUUGAAGGAGAAGUUACAGAGUUUUGAACGUGUUAAAGUAAAGUUUGAACAAUCAGCAGAACACAUUAAGGUCCAGGCCGGACUCACAGAGACGCAGAUCAAGGAGCAGUUUAAAAAGCUUCAUCAGUUUCUGGAGGAGGAAGAGGAGGCCAGGAUGGCUGCACUGAGGGAGGAAGAGGAGCAGAAGAGUCAGAUGAUGAAGGAGAAGAUUGAGUCUCUGAGCAGAGACAUUACAGCUCUUUCAGACACAAUCAGAACCACAGAGGACGAGCUGAGAGCUGAAGACUUCUCAUUCCUGCUCAACUACAAGGCUGCAGUGGAACGAGUCCAGCAGCGCCCCCUGCUGGAUGAUCCCAAGCUGCCCUCAGGAGCUCUGAUAGAUGAGGCCAAGCAUCUGGGCAACCUGAGUUUCAACAUCUGGAACAAGAUGAAGGACGUGGUCUCCUACAGUCCUGUGGUUCUGGACCCAAACUCUGCUCAUCCAGGACUCGUCCUGUCUGACGAGUUGACUACUGUAAAGAGAGAUCCUCCCCUCUAUGCGCCCCCCCCUGUCGGAGUGGGAGGCUUAGGUCACAGCAAACUCUGCACGUCCACGCAGAGGCUCAGCGCCUUGCCGCCCUCCUCCUCCUCCUCCUCUCCGUACUACCAGCUGGUCCCAGGCCACAUGCCAAUCCCGGUGCCCAGUCCCACUGUCCCUUCCCUGCCAGCAGAGGGCAGCAACACCAGACUGCAGCAACAGAGACACCAGGAUCAGAGCCUGGAUCCACAGUCCCAGGACGGAGGAGGGGGAGGAGGGGGAGGAGGGCGAGGAGGGCGAGACAUGCUGACCCUCAUGAGGGGAGUAAAGCUCAGAAGGACCCUCACCAACGAUCGCUCCGCCCCUCUUCUGCCGGCCCCAGCCAAUCACAAAUGA